AUGUUUAAACUACCAAUAAUAAAAUUCAACAAGGUGAAGCCUAGAGAGGGGAAUGAUGAGAAUAAAGAAGGUCCUGACCCGAGCUCUCAGUCUCAGCCAUCAACGGGACAGGGAGAAAAUGAAAAUGAAAAGAACUCUCUAAAAACCAAGAUGCCUCCAGUCGCAUUUGAAGAGUCACACCCCAAAAUACAAGAUACAAGCUCUGAGAAAAACUCCCUCAGAGAUCUGCCCACAAACUCUGACCCUAAAAAUCUUGAGGAAUCAACCAGAACGAUGCCAGAGCAGCUGGAAAUGGGGACUGAGAAAGAAGGCCUGGUCAGUCCAAAGAGCAAACCACCUGAAGCCCCCAUUAUAAACGAGUAUUCUGACGCCCAGCUACACAACCUGGUAAAGAGGAUGCGUCAAAGAACGGCCCUGUACAAAAGGAAGUUGGUGGAAGAUGAUUUAUCCUCACCUGAAGCCAGCCCCAAAACUGCAAAACCCACAGCUGUAUCCUCAACCCAAGAAAGCAAUGCUCAGCCCAAAGAAGAACAUUACUAUCACGUGUUGUGUUGGAAACUGCGGAAGAUGCCUCUGACAGAGUACUUAAAGCGGAUGAGACUCCCGAGAAGCAUAGAUUCGUACACGGAUCGUCUCUAUCUCCUGUGGCUCCUGCUCGUCACCGUGGCCUAUAACUGGAACUGCUGGCUCAUCCCACUGCGCCUCGUCUUCCCGUAUCAGACCCCGGACAACACACACUACUGGCUCAUCACGGACGUCGUGUGUGAUCUCAUCUACCUUUGCGAUAUGCUGUUAAUCCAGCCCAGACUCCAGUUUAUAAGAGGAGGAGACAUCAUAGUGGAUUCAAAUGAGCUAAAGAAACACUACCGGAGCUCUACAAAAUUUCAGUUGGAUGUCGCAUCAAUAAUUCCAUUUGAUGUUUUCUACCUCUUCUUUGGGUUUAAUCCAAUAUUUAGGACAAAUAGAGUAUUAAAGUACACCUCAUUUUUUGAAUUUAAUCACCAUCUGGAGUCGAUAAUGGACAAGGCCUAUAUCUACAGAGUCAUUCGAACAACUGGGUACUUGCUGUUUACUCUGCACAUUAAUGCCUGUAUUUAUUACUGGGCUUCAAACUAUGAAGGAAUUGGAACGACUAGAUGGGUGUACGAUGGUGAAGGAAACAAGUAUCUGAGAUGUUAUUAUUGGGCAGUUCGAACUUUGAUUACCAUUGGGGGCCUUCCAGAACCACAAACUACAUUUGAAAUUGUUUUUCAACUAUUGAACUUUUUUUCGGGAGUGUUUGUCUUCUCCAGCUUAAUUGGUCAGAUGCGAGAUGUGAUCGGGGCAGCGACAGCUAACCAGAACAACUUCCGGGCCUGCAUGGAUGAGACCAUCGCCUACAUGAACACUUACUCCAUCCCCAGGAGUGUGCAGAAUCGGGUGCGGACUUGGUAUGAGUACACAUGGGACUCUCAAAGAAUGCUCGAUGAGUCCGACCUGCUUGAGACCCUGCCAACAACCAUGCAGCUAGCCCUCGCCUCCGACAUGAAUUUCAGCAUCAUCAGCAGAGUCGACCUGUUCAAGGGUUGUGACUCACAGAUGAUUUAUGACAUGUUGCUAAGAUUGAAGUCCACUAUCUAUUUACCUGGUGACUUUGUCUGCAAAAAGGGAGAAAUUGGCAAGGAAAUGUACAUCAUCAAGCAAGGAGAAGUGCAAGUUCUUGGAGGCCCUGAUGGUGCUCAAGUUCUGGUUACUCUGAAAGCUGGGACAGUGUUCGGAGAAAUCAGCCUUCUGGCAGCAAGAGGAGGGAACCGUCGAACUGCCAACGUGGUGGCCCAUGGGUUUGCCAAUCUUUUAACUCUGGACAAAAAGACCCUGCAAAAGAUUCUGGUGCAUUAUCCAGACUCUGAGAAGCUGCUCAUGAAGAAAGCCAGAGUGCUUCUCAAGAAAAAGGGUCCGGCCGCAGAGGCCACCCCUCCAAGAAAAGGACUUGCCCUUCUCUUCCCUCCAAAGCAAGAGACCCCCAAAAUGUUUAAAGCUCUCCUGGGGGGCUCGGAAAAGCCAGAUCUCUCAAGACUGCUCAAACUGAAGAGAGAACAAACUGUUCAGAAAAAAAGUGAAAACUCUGAAGGAGGAGAGGAUAAAGAAAAAGAACAUGAAGAUAAAGGAAGAGAGUCAGCAGAGAAAACACUGGAUGGGUCUAAACGCAGAGCAAGUUCUGCCUCAGCAGAGGAAGCGCCCCGGUCGACUAGCAGGGCAGCCUUACCCAGUGAAACUAGCCGUCAGUCACUCAUCAUCAGCAUGACUGCUUCUGCCGAGGCCGGGGAAGAGGUCCUGACGAUUGAAGUCAAAGAAAAGGCUAAGCAAUAA